AUUAGCAAGAGGUAAGAGCUGCUGCAGUUUAGUGUUGCUUUCUAGCUCUGGGAGAUCUGGGGGAUCUGAGGCUCAGGGGGAUCUGGGGUUCUGAGGGAUCUGAGGCUCCUGCAGAUCUGGGGGCUCUGAGGCUCAGGGGGAUCUGGGAGCUCUGAGGGAUCUAGGUGAUCUGGGGCUCCUGCAGAUCUGGGGGCUCUGAGGGAUCUAGGUGACCUGGGGCUCCUGCAGAUCUGGGGGCUCUGAGGCUCGUGGGGAUCUGGGGGCUCUGAGGGCUCGGGGGGCUCUGAGGCUCGGGGGGCUCUGAGGCUCAGGGGGCUCUGGGAGAUCUGGGGCUCUGGGGGCUCUGCUACUGCUACUGUUACUACUACUGCUGGAUAUUCUUCAAGAUGGCGGAGAGCACAGAUCUGGAGCAGCUGAUGAACUCCUUUAAGAAGUUUGCGAUCCACGGAGACACCAAGGCUACCGGGAAGGAGAUGAACGGGAAGAACUGGGCUAAACUGUGUAAGGACUGCAAGAUCAUCGACGGGAAGAAUGUCACCGGCACUGACGUGGAUAUCGUCUUCACGAAAGUCAAAGCGAAGACGUCCCGGGUGAUCACCUACGAGGAAUUCCAGAGAGCCCUGGAGGAGCUGGCCCAGAAGAGGUUCAAAGGUCAGAGCAAAGAGGAGGCCCUAACGUCUGUCUACAAGCUGAUAGAGGGCAAGGAGCCCACCAACGUAGGAGUCACGAAAAUGGCGAAGACAGCCGCAGUGGACAGACUGACGGACACCACCAAGUACACAGGCUCCCACAAAGAGCGCUUCGACGAGAGCGGGAAGGGGAGGGGUAAGGGCGGGCGGGAGGAGCUGGUGGAGGAAACGGGAUACGUCGGCUCCUACAAGAACGCCGGAACCUACGAGGAGAAAACCAAGGCUAAGUAGACCACCGGGCCAGGCGGUGUGGUCAACAGGUCCAGUAGACCACCGGGCCAGGCGGUGUGGUCAACAGGUCCAGUAGACCACCGGGACAGGCGGUGUGGUCAACAGGCCCAGUAGACCACCGGGCCAGGCGGUGUGGUCAACAGGUCCAGUAGACCACCGGGCCAGGCGGUGUGGUCAACAGGUCCAGUAGACCACCGGGCCAGGCGGUGUGGUCAACAGGUCCAGUAGACCACCGGGCCAGGCGGUGUGGUCAACAGGCCCAGUAGACCACCGGGCCAGGCGGUGUGGUCAACAGGUCCAGUAGACCACCGGGCCAGGCAGUGUGGUCAACAGGCCCAGUAGACCACCGGGCCAGGCGGUGUGGUCAACAGGUCCAGUAGACCACCGGGCCAGGCGGUGUGGUCAACAGGUCCAGUAGACCACCGGGCCAGGCGGUGUGGUCAACAGGCCCAGUAGACCACCGGGCCAGGUGGGGUGGUCAACAGGCCCAGUAGACCACCGGGCCAGGCGGUGUGGUCAACAGGUCCAGUAGACCACCGGGCCAGGCGGGGUGGUCAACAGGCCCACAACAUGAGAUGUAUCCCAAAUUACAUCCUACUCUAUAUAGUCCACUACUUUGACCAGAGCGCUAUGGGUCCUGGUCUAAAGUAGUGCACUAUAGAGGGAAUAGGGUGCCAUAGGGCUCUGGUCUAAAGUAGUGCACUAUAUAGGGAAUAGGGUGCCAUAGGGCUCUGGUAUAAAGUAGUGCACUAUAUAGGGAAUAGAGUGCCAUUUGAGACGCUUCCAGGGUCACUAUCCCCUAAGCCCCCCCCCCCCCCCCUUACAGUCGGGACCAAACCCUGAACCCAGAACUCUGACCCCUAACCACAGGCUUAACCCCAGGCCCUUUCGACAGAGGCUGUCCUCUCCUAUCUUUGAUAUGUCCUGAGGGGGUGUGUGUUGUCAUUGGGGAUGAUGAGAGAGAGAACAUGUCCUGAGGGGGUGUGUGUGUGUUGUCAUUGGGGAUGAUGAGAGAGAGAACAUGCUUUUUACUCUUAUUAUAGCUAUGGAGGUUGUGAGGUGAUCUCCUUCAACAGAGAUAUGACCGAUAGACAGGUCGUGAGGUGAUCUCCUUCAACAGAGAUAUGUCUGAUGUGUGUUUACAGAUGACUAGAUCAGAAUGCUCUGUUCACUUUCAAACCUGGCCUGCCCUGAGACUGUACAUAGACCUGUGAUAUACCAUACCUUCACCUUGCUUUGGUUUUAACAUGUUGAGUUGCACUGUGAAAUACUGAUGCAAGAGUUGCUCUGGAAUUGAAUGAAACAUCCACUGUAAAGUCAAACGUCAGCACCAAGACCGUGAUUAGACAAAACACAAUACUGGUCAAAUAAUCUGACAUUGUGCCGUGUUCCAUAGGCUUCAAACCAUGAAUGUCUAUCUUUGAAUUGAAUUCACUUUCUUACCGUAUAUUUCAUCAUUCUUACCGUAUAUUUCAUCUUUCUUACCGUAUAUUUCAUCUUUCUUACCGUAUAUUUCAUAUUUCUUACCGUAUAAUUCAUCAUUCUUACCGUAUAUUUCAUCUUUCAUACCGUAUAAUUCAUCAUUCUUACCGUAUAUUUCAUCUUUCAUACCGUAUAAUUCAUCUUUCUUACCGUAUAAUUCAUCUUUCAUACCGUAUAAUUCAUCUUUCUUACCGUAUAAUUCAUCUUUCUUACUGUAUAUUUCAUCUCUCAAACUCAAUAGUUUCAGGGUUUCGUCUUUAAGACUAUCGUUUUAGAACUAGCUAGCUUUUUAUUCCGAGACUAUUUCUUUAAACGUUUGUUGCUUUUCCCCAAAAAAAAUAUAUAUAAUAUAAUAUAAUAAAUAUAUAUAUUUUCUCUCUUUUGGUUCUUUUUGAUUAGUUUGUUUUAGUGUCGUAGAAACUGGACAACGGCUGCAUUGAAGGGGAAAUUGUUGUAUACAAAAUGAUAAUAAAGUGUUUGUCUUUA